UGCCCCCAGCCCAGCCCACCCAGGGCCAUGGCCACCCGCUGGGGCAUCUGCUCUGCUGGCAGGAUCAGCCACGAUUUCCUGGUGGCCCUGAAGACCCUCCCGGCCACGGAGCAUAAGGCUGUGGCCAUCGCUGCUCGUGAUCUCGCCCGCGCUCAGGAAUAUGCCCAGAAACACGGGAUCCCCCGAGCGUAUGGGAGCUACGAGGAGCUGGCGCAGGACCCCGACGUGGACGUGGUCUACGUGGGGGUCAUAAACCCUGAGCACCUGCCCGUGGGGCGGCUCUUCCUGGGGGCCGGGAAGCACGUGCUGCUGGAGAAGCCCCUGGGGAUGAACACGGCGGAGGUGAGGGAGCUGGCGCAGCUGGCCCGGAGCCAGGGGGUCUUCCUGAUGGAG